GGUAAGCAUGGUCGGGAAGCGGGGUAUCUGGUAUUCGCGGUGGCUUGUUUAUAGGUUUUCCGCAAUGCGGCUCUUUACUCUUACAGUGUUGGCCCGGCCUCGAGAUAUGGCGGCCAUAGGAGGAGUCAUGUCAUUAUCACUCGUCCCGGAAAGUGUCAUGGAUCACUGACUUAGCUAGAUCGCGACUACUAUACCGUGGAUAUAGGCAAUUUCUUGUCGAUAUAGCCAUACCUAGCCUCGCCUGGAUGCGAAAUGCCAGCCAACAGGUAACAGUAUGUGAUAUUCGCACCUAUAUUUGUUUCCGUCCCCAAGGAAUUUAUCUGGUCAUUACUUUUGUGACGCUGUUGUCUCCGCAAUCGCACUCACACCCGCACCGGCGUGGUGGGGGCGCUUGGCCUAGAUCCGCGCAUUUAUUCUUGCCUCCACCGUUUGAUUUGAAUAUCUGCCACCAGACGCAAUUAACCAGACUUGCCUUCUGUUUCGAAACUCGAGCAAUGUCUAUCCUGGAAAGUCGGUCGAUAAUCGACCUCACGCACCCGAUAGACGACAACAUACCCAUCUAUCCGGGCGACCCAACCUUCCAUUGCCGGCAGUCAUGCAACAUCCCGGAGAGCGGCUGGGCAGUGAGCGAGCUCUCCUUCUCCUCGCACGUCGGCACGCACAUUGACGCGCCGUCGCACCGUUUUGAUGGCUCCCUGACCGUGGAUGCCAUCCCGCUGGAGAAUCUCGUAGCGAUCCCCGCGCUCGUUGUGGACGUGUCGGACAAACCUGCGCUCGCGGUGAUUGAUCUAGAGGAUCUUCAGCCAUACGAGUCGCGGAUCAGAGAGGGCAUGGCUGUUUUCUUUCGUACGGGCUGGGACAGGUAUUGGGGACCGGCACACACGAACAAUGGGAAGUAUUUUGAGCAUCCUUACGUAGAUCGCGCGGUCGCGCAGCGGCUUGUGGAGCUCGGCGUUAUAGUGCUUGGGGUUGAUACCAUGAGUCCGGAUGCUAUGUCAGAGGAGGGUGACAGUAGUGUGCCGGAGGUGCACGAUGUCGUGCUCGGGGCGGGAAGGGUGAUUGCCGAGAAUCUUACGAAUUUGAAGGCACUGCAAGAUGUGCAGGAUGCUGGUGUUAAUGUGAGGAUUAUGGUCUCCCUUGCGCCGCUAAAAGUACAAGGUUGCGACGGGUCACCGGUCAGGGCAUUUGCAUGGGUAGAAAAGAAGCAAGUAUAGGCGUUGUGUAUACGGAGUGGAACUCGACAACAUGCAUGUUCUCACGAGUGAUCUUUACCUUACUGGUAUACAAAUUUGCAUUAGCAGACGUGACUUGUACUUGUCCACUCCUUUGCGCACUUCUACAGUUUCCACUUCUAUUACCAUGAACUUCACCUGCCAGACUUUACUCAAUAGAAAUGCGAC